AUGGCACCUUCUGCUCUCGCGCCUGUCGUGGAUAAUUACGUGUCGUAUGACCAUGGCGCCAGUAAAUCAAAGCAGUUGAUCGGGGAAGCCCUCAAGGCCCGUGUAGAGGCUAUUGAUCAUGACGCCUGCAGCGUUGGCGAGGAAGACCCCUUCUUCGUAGCCGACCUGGGCGAGGUCUACCGCCAACACCUCCGUUGGAAGAAGAACCUGGGACGCGUCAAGCCGCACUAUGCCGUCAAGUGCAACCCGGACCCACAGGUGCUCCGCCUGCUGGCCGAAUUGGGCGUGGGCUUCGACUGCGCAUCCAAGACCGAGAUUGAGACCGUCCUGAAGAUGGGCGUGGACCCUUCCCGCAUCAUCUACGCCCAGCCCUGCAAGACCAAGUCGUACGUUCGCUAUGCAGCCCAGAGUCACGUCAAGCAGAUGACGUUUGAUAACGCCGACGAGUUAUACAAGACGAAGCAGCUCUUUCCUGAGGCCGAGUUGUAUUUGCGCAUCUUGACGGACGAUUCAGCCAGCCUGUGCCGUCUGAGCCAGAAGUUCGGAGCUUCUCUGGAUACUACCGCGGAGCUUUUGGAGCUUGCGAAGAAGCUCGAACUCAAUGUCGUUGGGGUCGCCUUCCAUGUUGGAUCUGGCGCUUCGGAUCCCAAGGCGUUCGUCAAGGCUGUCCAGGAUGCCCGUUUCGUCUUCGACCAAGCGGCGGCGCUCGGAUUCGAGAUGCACACGCUCGAUGUGGGUGGUGGUUUCACCGGCGACGAAACCUUUGAGCCCAUGGCCGCGGUCCUGUCGGCCUCGCUGGACGCAUACUUUCCGCCCUCGAUCCGAAUCAUCGCCGAGCCCGGUCGGUACUACGUCUCCACGGCCUUUACCAUUGCGUGCCAUGUCAUCGCACGCCGUAUCGUCAACGACGCGACCCUCGGCACUACGUCGUACAUGCUGUAUCUCAAUGAUGGUGUCUAUGGGAACUUUUCCAGCAUCAUCUUCGACCACCAGCAUCCCGUACCGCGCUUGCUGAAGUGCGGAAACGAGGUCAUGUACGAUGUUCGCCGCUCCGGCUACGAUACGCCAUCGGGGAUCGAGUACUCGCUCUGGGGCCCUACGUGCGAUGGCAUCGAUGUGAUUGCCCAGUCUUGCAACUUCCCUCAGGUGAUUGAUGUGGGGGAUUGGCUGUACUUUGAGGAUAUGGGAGCGUACACCAAGUGUUCCGCCACCCGCUUCAAUGGGUUCACGGAUAGCCACGAUGUCGUCUAUGUCUGCAGCGAGCCCGGGGCUGCGGCUCUGCUGGGCAUGUAG